AUGCGUACCUCCCAGGUUCUCGUGGCGGGUGCCUUCCUCGCCCAAGAGGUUCUCUCUGUGCAGUCAGGCAACAACACGCUCGAGGACUACGAGUUUGUUGUUGUUGGUUCUGGACCUGGUGGUGGUGGUACUGCUGCCAACCUUGCCUACGCUGGUUACAAGGUCCUCCUCAUCGAUGCCGGCGGUGACUAUUCCGACAACAUCUUGACCCAAGUGCCGGCCUACAGUCUGGCCUCGACCGAGUACGAUGAGAUAGCUUGGGACUUCUUCGUCAACCACUCUGCCGACCCGGAGGAGCGGGCCAGGGACACCAAGAUGGUGUACGAGCUCGCCGAUGGCUCUCGCUACAUGGGCCUUGACCCUCCCGCCGGGGCCACGCCUCUGGGCGUCUUGUACCCCCGUACUGGUACCCUUGGUGGCUGCACGCGUCACAAUGCUUUGGUCACGAUGCAGGCGUUUGACAGUGACUGGAACGACAUUGCCACUCUCACCGGCGACAAGGGCUGGAAAGCCGACAAGAUGCGCAGCUACUUCCAGAAGAUUGAAAAGUGCGAGUACCUCCCCAACAGCUAUGUGGGCCACGGCUUCAACGGCUGGAUGAACACUGGUCUCACCUCGCUGUUCACGGCCAUCACCGAUCUCAAGGUUGUGACGCUCAUCCUCGCCGCCUGCAGCGCCAUGGGCCAAGGCGGUCUGCUCACCGGACUGCUGACCACGGUAACUGGCCUUGCCUCUACGCUGCUCACCGAUAUCAAUGCCCCGGGCCAGCUUGACCGGGAGGGCGUUUACCAGGUCCCCCUUUCCAUGAGGGACUCGAAGCGUGGUGGUGUCCUCGACUGGAUCUACGAGGUUGCCAAGGCCACCAACAAGGACGGCUCCCGCAAGUACCACUUGGACAUUAAGCUCGAAACUCUGGCUACCAAGAUCAUCUUUGACGAGAGCGGCGCCGUCCCUCGGGCCACCGGUAUCGAGUUCAUGGAGGGCAAGUCUCUGUACCGCGCCGACGCUCGCGCCCGCAACGCCAGCCCGACCGGAUACGGCACUGUCUCUGCCACUCGUGAAGUCAUCAUUGCUGGCGGCACUUACAACACGCCCCAGCUCCUCAAGCUGAGCGGUAUCGGCCCGCGCGACGAACUCGAGUCUUUCGACAUCCCUGUGCUCGUCGACCUGCCUGGUGUCGGCACGAACCUGCAGGACCGCUACGAGAACACGGUCGUCGGCCAGACCACCUCUGACUUCAACCUCAUCAAGGAGUGCAACUUCUACCGCACCCCCGACGACGCAUGCCUCAAGAAGUGGAGGAAUGGUGCCACCCAGACCGCCAAGGGCGUCUAUGCCUCGAAUGGUCUCUCUCUGGCGGUCCUCAAGAAGUCCUCGGUCGCUGAAGGUGGCCACCCUGAUCUUGUCAUUACCGGCGGUCCUGCCAACUUCCGCGGAUACUUCCCGGGCUGGUCUGGCGAGGUCCUGCUUGACUCCCGACACUGGGCUUGGAUUAUCCUCAAGGCCCACACUCGCAACCGUGCCGGUACCGUCAAACUCCGGUCUGCCGACCCUCGCGACACCCCCCUGAUCGACUUCAACUACUUUACCGAGGGCGCCGACAAGGACCUCCAGGCGAUGCGCGAGGGCGUCGACUUUGCGCGCGACAUGUUCAAGAAGCUGAUCCCCCUGGACGGCGGGUUCCAGGAGGUCUGGCCCGGCCGCCAGAACGCCACCAGCGACGUCGAGAUCAAGGACUUCCUCCGGAACGAGGCCUGGGGCCACCACGCCUCGUGCUCGUGCCCCAUCGGCGCCGAUGGCGACCCCAUGGCCGUGCUCAACAGCAAGCUCCAGGUGCGCGGCACUCAGGCCUUGCGCGUCGUCGACGCCUCCGUCUUCCCCCGGAUCCCCGGCGCCUUUAUCGCCCUGCCCCUGUCGCAGGUCGCCGAGAAGGCCACCGUCGACAUCAUUGCCGCCAACCCCAAAUAAGCGAUCGGCUCGUUUGGUGGUGGUCCCGUGGCGCGCGUGUGUCACGGGACACAGGAAGCGAGAAGAGAGAAGGAAGGGAGGGGACGAGAACAAGACUUUGCAAUGUUUCUCAUGAUACUCAAAAUCUGGCACGUGCAAGAUAGACGUACGUAGGGUUUUCUUCCUGCAUUUCACUACAUAGGCUCUCGAUUACAUAUACAAAUAUUUGG